AUCGCGCCCUAUGGUGUUGGGCCGUGCACUUAUAAGAGCUUUCUAGUUUUGUACAAGGAGCUCCAACAGCUGGGAUUUAAGCUAUUCCUGUUAACCGGAAGGGAUGAGACCUACGGAAACGCUACAGAGACAAAUCUUCAAAGUGCUGGGUACACCAGUUGGGAAAGACUUAUCUUGAGGGGAAGUCCAAAUGCGGGCAAACCCGCCAUCGUCUACAAAUCUUGGGCGAGAAAGGAGUUAGAAGCCGAAGGUUAUAGGAUCCAUGGAAGCUCUGGGGAUCAGUGGAGUGACUUGUUGGGCUUUGCAGCGGCCACACGAUCUUUUAAACUCCCAAAUCCAAUGUAUUACACUGCUUGAUUC